AUGAACAAUGGUUCUUUGCCUGUAAAAGGCAAUAUAUCUCGAACAACAACAACAACAACAACAUCAAUAACUGAUCAAUCAUUGCGAACAUCAUUAAUACGUAAUACAGAUCAAGAUACAUCACUCGAUUUAACUGACGUUUCAAUUCUAUCUGUUGGUCUUACACGUUAUCAACAUCACGAUCACGGAAUGUUAACUGACGAUGAUGAUGAUAAUGAACUUGUAGAAACCAGUGAUGAAGACGAUGAUGAUGACGAAGAUGAUGAUGAUGAUGAUGAACCAUUUCCUACACAUUCUCGUAAUACAUUAUUAAAUAAUACUAAUAAUAAUAAUAAUGAUGAUAUGGAUCUUGGUUUAAUUGAUCCUGAUACUCAAGCUAAAUUAGCUGCCAUACUUGAAGCAACUGGUAUAACAAAUUCUCCUAUUCCUGAAGAUUUUUGGCGUGAUCAACAAGUUGUACGUUUAUUAACAAGUAGUGUAACAAAUAAUUUAAAUGGUUUACAUGAAAUUGCUAAUGCUAUCUCACCAUCAAAUACAAAUCUCAGUGGACAUCAAGAUAAAAAAUCUAAAUCAAUAAAUAAAGACACAUCAGGAACAUUUGUUCGUGCUUGUGUAAAUAAUGAUAUACGAACUGUUGAAAAAAUUCUUCAAUCAACAAAUGGAAACGAACAUUUAAAUGAUGUUAAUGAAGAUGGUGAUAGUGUUUUAGCUCUUGCUUGUUCAAAUGGUUAUACGGAUCUUGUACGAUUAUUACUCACAACUAUACCUAAUAUUGAUAUUGAUGAUAGAGGAACUAAACAAGAUUGUACACCAUUAAUGGAAGCAUGUAAUGCUGGUCAUUAUGAAAUCGUUGAACUUUUAUUGAAACAUAAUGCAAAUGUAAAUAUGCAAUCAACAUCUGGAAAUACUGCACUGCAUUAUUCAGCAGGAGGAGGUUAUGCAGAUAUUGUUCGACUUCUACUUGAAAAUGGUGCUAAAGUAGAAGAAACAAAUGAAAAUGGACAUACUCCUCUUAUGGAAGCUGCCAGUGGUGGUCAUGUAGAAGUUGCUCGAGCAUUACUUGAUCAUGGUGCUGGUGUUAAUACACAUUCGAAUGAUUCGAAAGACAAAAAUGGAAAUGAUAGUAAACAACAUAAAACAGAUGAAAUGCAUACAGCUUUAAUGGAAGCAUGUAUGGAUGGUCAUGUUCAAGUAGCAAAAUUAUUACUUGAUCAUGGCGCUGAUGUAAAUAUGCCACCAGAUAGUUAUGAAAGUCCACUAACAUUAAGUGCAUGUGGUGGUCAUAUUGAAUUAGCAUCGUUACUUAUUGAACGAGGUGCUAAUCUAGAAGAAGUUAAUGAUGAAGGAUAUACACCAUUAAUGGAAGCUAGUCGAGAGGGACAUGACGAUCUUGUAAAUUUACUUGUAUCUCAAGGUGCUGAUGUCAAUCGAACAACUGAGGAUACACAAGAGACUGCAUUAACAUUAGCAUGUGCUGGUGGAUUUUUAGAUGUUGCAAAAAUCCUUAUAUCCAAUGGAGCUAAUGUUAAUUUAGGUCAAUCAACUCCUCUUAUGGAAGCAUCACAAGAGGGUCAUGUAGAAUUAGUUCAAUAUUUAAUACAAAAUAAUGCUGAUGUUAAUCAAACAACACCAGCUGGAGAGACUGCUUUGGCUUAUGCAUGUGAAAGUGGUCAUACUGAAGUUGCUGAAAUUUUACUUAAUUCUGGUGCACAUAUUGAUCAAACUGAAAAUGAAGGUCGAACUCCAUUAAUGAAAGCAUCUCGAGCUGGACAUACAUGUACAAUACGAUAUUUAAUUUCAAAAGGAGCGGAUGUUAAUCGAUCAACAAAUAGUAAUGAUUCAACUGUUCUUUCGUUAGCAUGUGCCGGUGGUCAUCUUGAAGUAGCUUCAUUAUUACUUAAACAUGGUUCGGAUCCAAAUCAUCUUCUUAAAGAUCGAUCAAAUUGUUUAAUUGAAGCGGCUAAAGGUGGUCAUAUAGAAAUAGUAAAAUUAUUACUUGAAUAUCCAAAAAGUGUAACACAACGUGUAGCUCCAAUAAAUUCAGUUGAACCAUUAGUAAAUGAUGAAAGAGGAGGAGAAGAAGAAUCAGGAGAUAAUAAAAGAUCUGCACAAACAACGAAUUCUCCAAUUCAAUUACUUAAAAGUCUCCAAAAAAUAGUUCCAAGAAAUAUUCUCGAUGUUCUUCAAACUGGUGUUAAUGAGUCAACAAAACUACAUUCUGAUAACGAUAUAAAAGAUAAUACAACAUAUUCAUGGACAAAUAAUGAUCGACCAUCAUCACCUAUUUUAACUGAUGAAACAUUUCAACAAUCAUUAAUACUAAAUCAAAAUUCUGAGAUUAAUAAUACUCAACAAGCAAAAAAACUUCAGAUACUCGAACAACUUCAACAUGUUGAAAAAGAACUUCAUGAUAAAGCUCAACAACAUUUAAAAAUCAAUCAAGAAUAUCGACAACAAGUUAAUGAAUAUGUGAAUUCAAAUCCUGUACAACCGCCACCUCCUUCUUCUUCAACGACAACAACUGGUAAAAAGAAACGAACAACAUCUUCAUCAUCAACAUCAAGUUCAUCAUCUGCUACUUCAUCAUCAUCUUCCACAGCUAAACAUGAUGAGCAACCAACAGCAAAUUUAACUUUAUCACUUCCACCCCAAACAAUUAAUUUCUUUUCAGCAUCGACAAGUGAAAUUAAUCAAUCCUCAUCAAAUAAUCUUCGUAUAUCAAAUAAAUCAAAUAUUCCACCAUUACAUCAUAAUCAACAUCAUCCGAAAAUUAAAAAAUCUUUUAAUCGACAAUUAACGAAAUUUGAUCGUCGAUUAGAACAACAUCUACAUGAUAAUCAAACACAUUUAGAUGAAAUGAAUUUACAUUUAAAAAAUCUUAAAUUACUUUCUCCACCACCACCACCAUCUUCUUCAUCAACAACAGAAUGUUUAACAAUAUCAAGUCCAACAAAAACUCCUAUGCAUAUUAAUACUGAUACACAAAAAGCACUUGAACAUUUACGUGAAUUAGCUAAUAAUCCAUCUGAACUUGAACGUAUACAAACAUUAGCAAAUAAUCCAAAUUUAAUACAUGAAAUUAAAAAAAUUGCUAAUCAAUCAUUUAUUGAUCAAUUAAAAACAUUACCACCAUUUGCACCAGCAAAUUUACAACAAACAACAAAUGAAUCAUUACCAAUAGAUAAUAAUAAAUCUAAUAAUGAAAAUCAUGAACAGACACUGAUACAUACUGAACCAAUUGUUCAUUCUCAAUCUGAUUCAACAGUAAAAACAGUGACACCUUCCACUCAAAUUUCUUUUCCACAACAACAACAUGUAUCUACGACUCAAAAUUCAAUCAUAGAAGAUAAUCAUCAGACUUCAUUAGUAAACGAUCUUCCUCCGCUACCUCCGUCUCUUACUAAUCUAACACAUACUCAACAUUCAAUAUGUUGUACAGAAUGUCCAUCACAUCCAACAAAUAUACAAAAUACAGCAUUAUCUCAUUUACGUUUUCAAAAUCGAAUAGAUGUUGAUUGUGAAACAGAAUCUAAUCAUGAUACAGCAUUAACAUUAUCUUGUGCUGGUGGUCAUGAAGAACUUGUUUCAUUACUUUUACAACGUGGUGCCAAUAUUGAACAUCGUGAUAAAAAAGGUUUUACACCAUUAAUACUUGCAGCAACUGCUGGUCAUGCUAAUAUUGUUGCAAGAUUACUUGAAAAUGGUGCUAUUAUUGAAGCUCAAUCCGAAAGAACAAAAGAUACUGCAUUAUCUUUGGCAUGCAGUGGUGGAAGACAAGAAGUUGUAGAAGUUUUAUUGAAAAAAGGAGCUAAUCGUGAACAUAGAAAUGUUUCUGAUUAUACUGCUUUGAGUCUUGCUGCUUCUGGUGGUUAUGUGAAUAUUAUUCGAUUAUUAUUAAAUUAUGGUGCAGAGAUUAAUUCAAGGACUGGUAGCAAAUUAGGAAUAACUCCAUUGAUGCUUGCUUCGAUGAAUGGACAUGUAGCGGCUGUUAAACUUCUAUUAGAUAUGGGUUCUGAUAUAAAUGCUCAAAUAGAAACAAAUCGCAAUACAGCAUUAACAUUAGCUUGUUUUCAAGGACGAGCGGAAGUUGUUUCAUUAUUAGUUGAUCGUAAAGCAAAUAUUGAACAUAGAGCAAAAACAGGUUUAACACCUCUGAUGGAAUCUGCAUCGGGUGGUUAUGUUGAUGUUGGACGAGUUUUAUUAGAACGUGGAGCUGAUGUUAACGCACCACCUGUCCCAACAUCGAAAGAUACUGCGUUAACUAUUGCUGCUGAUAAAGGUCAUCAUAAAUUUGUUGAAUUACUUCUUCUUUAUGGUGCCACUAUUGAUGUUCGAAAUAAAAAAGGUGCCACACCAUUAUGGCUUGCUUGUAAUAAUGGUCAUUUGGAAGUUGUACAAUUACUUGUAACACGUUUUGCUGAUCCAGAUUCCAGUGAUUCUCGAAAAGUGUCUUGUCUAAUGGCUGCCUUUCGUAAAGGACAUAAUAAAGUUGUCAAAUAUUUAGUUCGUCAAGUUCGACAAUUUCCAUCAGAUGCAGAUUGUCGUCGUUUAAUCAGUACAAUAACUGAUAAAGAUUUAUUAAAAAAAUGUCAAACAUGUAUGGAUCAAAUCAUAUCAGCUAAAGAACGUCAAGCUGCUGAAGCAAAUAAAGCUGCAAAUAGUUUAUUGAAAGAAAUUGAUUUAGAAAAAUCACGUGAAGAAACUCGAAAAGUUGCUGCUGCAAAAAAACGUGAAAAACGUAAAGCAAAAAAGAAAGGUAAACAAAAAUCAACAACAAAAACUGAUGAUGAUCAACAACAACAAGACAUCGAUGAUAUUGAAGAAGAACAUCAUGAAAAUGAAGAACCAAUGGAACAAGAAAUUGUUCCAUUAUCAACAACAACAACAACAACUCUUAUUGUUGAUGAUGAUCUUCGACUAAAAAUGAUUAAAACAGAUAACGAGCAACCAAUAAUAAAACCUCCUACACCUGAACAACCACCACCGCCACCACCAUCACCUCCUCCGCCUCCUCCACCACCACAACAACCACCAACAACAACAAUAUCAAAACAAACUACAAAUACUAAUAAUAAAAAGAAAACAAAUACAAUGACACGUAAAAUUGAACGUCAUCAAGAAAAUCUUGCAUCAAAAAAUAAACAACAGGAUACAUCUUCAACAGCUAGUGGAAUAACUCUGCCUCCGGUUGACGAUGGAUGGCAAGAAGUUAUUGGUAAACAGAAAAAAAUAACUAUACCACAUGAACAAUAUUCACGUAUUAUUGGACGAAGUGGAUCUAAUUUAAAUGUCUUACGAGAAGUAACUGGUGCAUCAAUUGAUGUUGAAAAUAAACGAGCAAUUGGUGAUAAAACAAUAUUAAUUAAAGGUAAUGGUGAUUCAAUAAAACAUGCUUAUCAAUUAAUAAUGGCAUUAUUAAAAAAUUCGGAGUCAGAAUUAAUGAAUCUCUUACCAUCAAGUAAUGAAACUAAAACAAAAUCAAGAUCAACAACAAUUACAUCUAAUACUAAUGAUAGUAAUGAUGAAAUAAAUAAAAUACAAAGACUAAAUAGUACAAAUUAUGGAUCGAGACCUCAAACUACUGAAUCAUCAAUAUCAGAUACGUAUGUAACAACUCCACCAGCGAAAUUAACACCAAAUAGUACUCGUUCAUCAAGUAAAAAAGUAGGAAUAACAAAUUCGACGAAUAGUUCUGGUCGUUCGACGUCAUCUUCAUCAUCUACUAUAAAGAAUUCUCAACCAUUAACAGCAACUGGUGCAACAUGGGUAAAUUCUAAUCGAUCAAAUCGUGGUACAACAUCAUCAUCAACAACGGCGACAACAGCAACAACAACAACUAAUUCUAUACCUUCAAUAACAUCUAAUUCAACAACAGUAUGGAAUCAUCAACAAUCAUCAUCUAAACCUACUUCAAUUCAUAAUAAAACAUCCAACUCAAAUCAUUAUUCGACAAAUCAAUCGAAUAUUCCAUCAUCAUAUCAUUAUUCAUAUUCAAAUACAAAUUCAUCGAAUAAUCACAAUCAUUAUGGACAUUCAAAUAAACAUUAUUCAACAAAUUAUCAUCAAAAAAAUGAACAUACAACACCAUUAGAAACGACAACAACAACAACAACAACUAUUCAGCCAUCAUCAGUUCCUAUGCUUCCAUCUCAACCAGGUCAUCGAAUACCAAUCUCACCACCUCCAACAACAGAAACAAUCUCACCACCAGCACCAACAUCAUCAUCAUCCUUGCUUGUUGUUUCGUCAUCUGCUACACCUACUCCGACUAAUGUAACAACCACUGGAGAAUAUAAUCCAUUUGCUUCAAAUAUUUUAACAACAUCAAUUGUUGAUGUAUUAACUAAAACUAAAGAACCAAUAACAUCUAUUGAUGAAUCAAAUUCACUUUCAACAACAAAAAUGAAUUUUGCUAAUGCUGCAAAAAUGAAUGUAACAACAAAAUUAUCUCAUCAUGAACCUAUUGUUAUUACAAUGGAUGAACCAUUAUCACCAACACCACCAUUACCAGAUCCAAAGAUUGCACCUGGCUAUCGUGGCCCAGCAAGUGCAGGUACAACACCAGUACAUCAUCAUCAACAACAACAGCAACAAAUGAUUCGUACAACAAAUUAUGAUUCACUUUCUCCAACAUCACAAUUAAGUCGUGCACCUGGUGCUAAUAGACAUCAACAAUCUAUAUCACCAUCCAUGAAUAAAGUACGUCUUGAUCGUAAUGGUCAAACAGGUUCAUCAACAACAUCAUCAACAUCCUCAUCGCCAUCAUCAAUAAAACAACAAACAAAUCAAUUUAUUCCACCACAACAAUUAUUUACUUCAUUAGAUCAACAACAACAACAACAACAAAAACCAUUUGGACCUAUUGGAUCACAUCGUGCACCAGUACAAACAUCAAAUGAUGGAAUAUACAAUGAAAAUUCUCUUCAAAUGCGAACAAAAUUUAAUCGAACAUUAUCUGCAAAUAAUACUCCAGUAUAUCAACAAGUAACACCACCAGCAAUGAUGCUUAAUAAUCCAGCGUAUGCAAAUAUGUCACGUAGUAGAUCGAAUCUCAAUCCAAGUGCACCAGAAUUUAAUCAUGGUAAUCGUAUGCCACCACCACCAUUUAUGCCAACGCCACCACAAGCGCCUAUUUCGAAUGGACCAUUAUCUGCAAAUAUCAUGAAUAUUGCUCGUAUGAUGGAACAAAAACAGCAACAGCAAUUAUAUACAAAUAAUAACAAUGUUCCAGUGCAUCCACCACCGCCGCCACCACCACCAUCCCAGCUUCCACCUCCACAACCGAUGGUAUCACCACAAGUAAUGCCUUCUCCACGUCCACUUCAACAAGCGGACAUGGAAGCAAUGCAGCAACAUGUACAAAAUCAAGUUUUACAUUUUUGGCGUUUACAUGCUAAUCCACAACAACUUGUACCUCCACCACAAUUGCCAACAACAUUACAAAUAGCUAAUAUAUUAGCAUCAAAAGGACAAUUACCACAAGAUCCAAAUCAAGCAGCGGCACUUGUUGCUGCUUAUUACUAUACAAAUUUUAUAUCACGAACGCAACAGCAACAACAACAACAGCCGCAGCAGCAACCAAAUAAUAUUCCAGUAUCGUCUAAUGUAAAUAAAAAUGUUUAUGAGACGAUUAAUACACCACAACAAGCCACUUCAAACAGUGAUGAUAUACCACUAACUGCAGUUGAUCCGAUCAAUGGACAAAUUCAACCACAGGUGAUUAUUGAUCCGAAUGUUAUCAUUACCAAUAGUAAUCAUUCAACCGGUCCUUCUUCCUCAUCAUCAUCAUCUACAACUGUCGAUCAUAAAAUGGUGCCAGCUGCAAUCGGCAGUGAGCGUAAACGUCAUAUACCUGUAUCAACCACUAUUGGUUCUAUGCCAAUUGGUAGUACUGGAGAUUGGUCUUCCGUUUCAAAACAACCAUAUCCAAUCGAUCCAUAUAUGCAACAACAACAGCAGCAGCAACAACAGCAACAACAAGUUCCACUAUCAUCUAAUUAUCAGCAACAAUCGACUCGCGAUUAUACACGAUAA